AGUUCCCUCCUUUGAUUCGAAAUUGCCUACGCUACUACAAGAAGUAGAUAACGACGAUGAGAUGCCUCCUUGGGUGCGCAGAGACAUGCAGCAUCUGAAUGCAACAUCUUCUUCGACGAGGGUUUAUCACUACUCAUCUGCUGUUGAGCAGCUUGGAGUAGAUCGCUCUGAAGGUGCUGGAGGUGAUCAAUCAAAUACGAGCAUUGUCGUAGAUCCUCGCAAUGCAACAGGAGAGCCUAGUCCUCCGACAAGUAAUAAUACUGCAGGGCCUGCUGCACGACUAAGUCUAGCCGCCUUUAUCCAGGAGGAAGUGGCCAGACAGCGUCUGGAGACCGAGAGAUUCCUUCAUGCGCAAAGAGAGGCACUAGAGCGUACACGUCAAAGGAUAAUUGAUGCGCAAAUCCAGCGCUUGCUAGGUGAAGAACGAACAUUCAGGCGUAGGCAGAGGAGAAGAGAGCAAGGCCGUGGAACAGCUGCUGAGGAGGAAAGGAGUGUGAAACACGCUACUUCUUCCGCUAGUAGCCUGGAGGACAAGACUUCUUAUACUAUGAAUUCAGAGCAGCGCUCUGAUAUUGUAGCCACUAGCACACACACAAGUGCGGGUGCUGUGAGGAUAAUAGACAAAGGCGACCAUGCGGAUGAUCACAGGCUAGGAGAGUCAGAAUAUUCGGGUUCUUCUUCUAGUGACGAGUCUGUCGUUGAAGUGGAAAUCCGCUACAGGCAUAUCCAUCACCAUCAGCACUUGCACCACUAUCGGCAACUAGUGUUUCCGGCUCUGACUUUGAAUGGGGCCGCGUCUGACCACGUUUAUAGUGCAUCAUCCUCUUCAAGUAAUGAGAAAAACAAGACCAUAAAGAAGGCGCCGCAUCUCCUGCAUGCAGGAAUUCCGACAUCUGUUGCGGAGACUUCCAAUGAUGCUGUAUCGUCGUUCACUAGUCCUAGUAACGCUGUAUCCGGGAUAGCACGGUCUGAAGGCGCUGAUGCGAUUCGAAAUGGUCAUGCUUUGCGGGCCCUUCACUCCGCUCCGACGUCAGCAGCACCGACACCCAGAGACGCUGCAGGGAGGUCAGUCGCGACCACGCCACGUCUGGAGGAACAACGCGAUACUGCGACUUCUGCCAAUAUUAGUACGAUGAAUAACCACAAGACUCCAAAAUUUCAUGCACCACCACGACCUAAGAAUCCAAGACCAAAAGCAGCUGGUUUUCGCACGCGGCCAACGAAAGGUUUGUUUCUGCUGGGGUCGAAAACACAGCAAGCUUCCUCGAGUCAACCGUCUUAUGACAGUUCUUUUCAUUGAAAGAAUGAUCAGCUACGUGCUCUUCGAUCAGAUAAAAGCUGAUCUUUCAACAUGACUCGCAGUUUGUUUCUCUUCACCUUUCAUACAUCAUCCGGCAGAGCUACCACGAGAAUGUUGGCGCAGGAGAAGUCGUCAGGAGCAUCUUCGCCGGGUCUAGCAUCGAGCCCUUCUGGUGCGGAGCUCCAGGCGCCAGGUGGCCAUCAUGGUGCGUCAGGUGUCAGAGAUGCUCGCGCGACUGUAGUCAUGCAGGAUCCUUCCCCUUCUAGAGGACGUGCUACUGUUGUUUCUGUGGUUCGUGAAGACGAGGACAUGCGAUGCAGCAUAGACAUGACGAAAAACCGAUCAGCUUGUAUUGGAGAAAAUGAUCAACUUCAACAAAAAAAGAGGAGUGUCAGUGCAUCAUCCUCGUGUUCAAGGACGCGUAGUUCGGCUGGUUGGGAGGUAGGCAAACAACCAGGGUCAAAUAGUACAACCCCACGUGCAGUAGAUGAAGGAGACCACACUGAAGAAAAUCAUAUUAGAGAAAAGCCCACUGUUGUUGUCGACUCCAUCCACGUGCCACCGUACGUGCCGAAGAAAGGCUAUUUUCGGGCGAUACGAUACAGGGAUUUUCAAACGACGGAACGACCUGCUGAAAGAAGGCCAGAAGAAGCUAAACGUCUCUAUGGAAAGCAUGAGCAUCAUCAUGUGCAUGUGCAUGUAAAUGUCGUAACGAGUAAACGUGCUCCACCCUCUGGUGGGACGAAAUGAAAUUCCAAGCUAUGUAGAAUUGAUGAGCAUGAACAACACUCAAUGCAGCAAGAAACGCCUGUUUACAAAGACGCAAAAGACCUGAAGAAGUGAUUUGAUUAGUAAUCAUGCAAAAACAGAAAGUUGAAAUUGCUUCAAUUGUUUUUUUCGACCGUAUCUUAAACCAAAAUGAACAAAUGCAUCGAUACCCCUGUGAAAAAAAUAUAAUACUCGACGAAAUGAACCUUCUCUUGCAUGAUAAGUUGUUUUUUCUUUUAUUAUUCGUUAUGUGGCUGUCAGCGGGCUUUUUCCUCUUGCGCCUUAGUCAUCUUGUCCUCUUGCGCCUACCGUUGUACAAAACGUAUGUGCUGCUUUGGUCUUGGUCAUACUACUGUGCAUCCCUUGUGUCUCAGGACAUACUUUUUAUGAACGCAGAGAAAUAUUUCCCACUUUACAUGCAUCUGCACCUACAUAUUGCAAGUUUCAAUGAAAUACUUACUAGAUGGGCUUGGUUCAGGG